UCCACCCCGUCCCGUAGAACCUGGGGCGGGGCUCGUAGAGGUCAUUUGGUCAGGAGGCGGGGCUUCAGGGGGACGCGCAGAUCAAGAUGGCGCCGUCCCUGCAACUUCUUCCAACGCUGUCCCGGGUCCUCUCCGGAGCCCGGCUGCCGCGCCACACUUUGGUUCGUUCAGUAUUUUAUGUUCGAGACUUCCCAAAUGAUAAACCUAACUGGCUGAAAGUUAUACUAACCUUGGGCACUAGUGCAGGCCUGUGGACCUAUCUCCUCAAACAACACGAAGAAGAUAUUUUAGAAUAUGAAAGAAGAAAAGGGCUGGAAUAAAUUAUUUGAAUCUGCUUCUUUCCUAAUUGUAUACUGUAAGAAGUGAAGACAACCAGUUUGUGGGUCCAUGGAAUGAUAUAUCAGAAAAACAACUUAUAUUAGAAUUUAUGUAUGAUAUCACAAAAAUGUACAAAUAAAAACUUGUCUAAAAAGGAUAUGUGCCCACUUUUCAGAUUAUAUACAGCCUAUCAACUUGUAGAAAACUCAGUUUGGAACCAGUGUUUAAUCUAGUUAUUCAUAUGAUAGAGAGCUUACUUAUAUUUGUUAUGUGUCGAUAUAGAUAUGCAAAUUAAGAAUUUUGGUAAAAAUAAAAUGAAACUCACUGCCUGAAA